AUGGUGGAGCUACGUCGCUCUACGCGAUCGCAAGCUUCCCGGGGAACGCCUCCAGAACCAGAAACUAACAUCUCCACCAGGUUCAGAAGGCGAAAUCGUGCAUCUGUUGCCCCAGCCUCAAUUACUAUCUCCCGUUCUCAAUCCCACUCACCCGGAGAACCCGCCAGAAGCCUCCGUCUCACAGUAAAGAUGCCCGCUGGUAAGAUGCGCGAAGCCAGCGGCGGCCGUCCAGGCCGGCGCUCGGUCAAUGUCUUCCAAGAGAACCCUAUCGUCUCGGGGCCUCGGUCUAGUCGAAACAGAAAAAAGAUUGUUGAGGUUCCCUCGAGUGACGACGAUGAUAUUGAAGAUCAAGAAGAAGACGAGGUCGAAGAGGAAGAUGCUCCCGGUGAAGACGAUGAAGAUGCCGAUGCUGAUGGCGACUUGGAUAUGGACGAUGCCCCAUCCCAACCACCGGCAAGGCGGAAUGCCAAAGUGGCAGCACCAGCUCGUGGCAAGAAUGUCAAGAGCGUUGAAGCCAAGGAGAUGGAGCUAGAAGACGAGGAAGACGAAGAAGAGGAUGAAGAGGAAGAGGACGAGAAUGUCUCGGACACCGAAACAGAUGCCGAAGGCGAGCCCGAUGAUAUGGAUGAGAGCGCGGUUCCGGAUGUCAAUGUCGACGAUCUAGAUGAAGAGGACGAGGAAGACGAGUUGGAUGACGAGCUGGACAGUGAUGCACUUGCACUUGAUGGCGGCAAACAGACCAAGCGUCAAAGAGGGAACUUGGGCGACGACUUCCUCCAGCUCCCCAUGGAACCUCAAGUCAAAAAACACCUGACGGCAGAGGAGCGUAUUAUGCGACGAGCUGAAAUGGCGCGCCGACGAAAGAAUCUGAGUGAGAAGCGAAAUGAAGAAGAAAAGAUGGAUACAAUCAAUCGCCUGCUCCGAAAACAGCCUCCGAAACGGCGUGGCCGAGGUGCCGCCGCCGCUGCGGACGCAACCGACACAACUCCCGGCGACCAAGAGGCCCGUGAGCCCGAGAAAGCCGAUCCUCUCAUGGUCCGAUGGAUCAGCGACUCGAAGGGCUGCAAAGUCGGCGUACCUAAGGAAUGGCUCGGCACCCCGGCCGGCCGUGUGUUUGGCGCUCCUCUCGCGGCUCCGACCGGUAAGAUGGUUGAGGAGGUAUGA